AUGAAUUAAGAUAGAAAACCUAUAUUCUCAAAUACUGGCUCAAACUUCAACAAGACUGCCACAUCAUUUACAAGCAAUAUAACCUCUAGCUAAAAAGAAGAAGAUAAAUAAGUUAUCAUUGAUGAAGCCCUAGUCUUUAGAUGCGCUAUGACUCGAGACUAUGCCAAAAUUUAAGAAAUCUCUAUCAUAUCAGAGGGCGUAACUUUCAUAGAUGGAGGAAAUAUUAUGUUGAAAUAAUUUGUAAACUUGAAGAAAUUAGACUUGAGUUUCAAUAAACUAGCUAAAAUUGAUAACUUAGACACUCUCAAAGAACUUAGAGAGUUAAAUUUAAGUUAUAAUAGGAUUGAAUAGAUUGAAAACCUAAAUAAGUUGCCAAACUUAAGAGUGCUUGUCUUGGACCAUAACAAAAUUAAGCAGUUAGAAAACCUGCGUUAUCUCAGGAAGCUAGAGGUAUUAUAAAUCACAGGCAAUCUACUUGAAGAUCUAUAUAUUAAUGGAGGAGUGACUGAGCCUAUGAUUGAAAUUAAAGAGAUUUAGGCUGGUAGGAAUAAGAUUUAAAAUCUUAAACCUCUUCAACACUUCCCUAAUGUAGAGGAAAUCAACUUAAGUGGCAAUCCAAUAACAUACAUUCCUCAAGAUGCUUUUUCAACUUGUACUAAGCUUCUUAAUCUUUAGCUUGAUGAGAUUAGCUUAAAAUACCCAGAGACUGAUCUUAAAUUUAUAGCUAGUACUCCUGGCCUAAAUAGAUUAAGUAUGAACAAGAUAUUCAAGGAUAUGUAGACUUUAGAUGGUUUCGUAGAUCUUCCUGAGUUAGAAGAUUUGAGUUUAUAAUCUAAUGGUCUUAUUUCAAUUAUUGGGAUUGAGGACAAAUUUCCUAAUCUUACUGUGCUUGACAUUUCUUUUAAUAGAAUUUUUUCUGUAGAAAAUAUUGAUAUAUUAGCAGAAUUACCAAAUUUGGCUGAAGUCUUCUUUAAUGACAAUCCUAUUUGUGUACACAAACACUUAAAAGAAUUAGUUAAAAAUGCUUGCCCUUUUAUUGAGGUCAUUAAUAGAGAAGAGAUCAUGGAGUCAGGCUAUCGAUUUAAAGAAUAGAUAUUUAAACUGAAGUAGGAAAUGACGAAUUCUAGAGUAGGAACUUAUCAGGGAGAUAGAAUUAUAGAAGAAGCAGAAAAUGAUCCAAAUAUUAUACUUAGUGAGAUCUUGAAGGAUGAUUUAGAAGAUGAAAACGGUAAAAAUACCUAUGGAGCAGGAAAAUUAAGCGAAAUCUUUUAGAAAAUGCAGAAGAAUUAAUCAAAGACUGAUUAGGCUAUCAAUGAUUUUGAGAAGAACUUUGGUCUUAGGCUAUAAAAACUUAGAGAUGACUUAGUGGACAUUGAUGACCCACAGGUAGAUGCAGAGUAGUUUGAGAAAUUUGUUAGUUCAUAGUUUGGUGAUCUUAAGAAGAAUUUCAGAGAAGUAGUUGAUAAUAUAAGAACCAAAGAUUAUAGAUCUUUUGUAAAGAUUAAUGAGACAAAGGCUAAAGCAAAUGAAAGCUCAGGAACUUACAACAAAAUGGAGGAAGAAUUAUCAAAAUUAAAGUAGUAGAUGGAAAAAGCGAAUUAGGCUAAAUUACUUUUCAAUGAUUUCUUUAGUGACAUUAAGGAGCUAAAAUCAAAAAGCAUAGUUUAAACUUAAAAUGAAAAGGUGAAUGUUAAGCCUAAUUAAAAGUAGGUUAAAAAAGAAGUGGAAGAUGAAUAUUACGAUGAAGAGUAUGAAUUAGAGGAAGGGGAAGACGAAAAUAUAAAUUCUUUAUAUCACACUUCAAUGAGGUUAAAUUCCAGAAGAGAAAAUAAAAGAGUGCCAAAUAAGGACCUGUCUCCAAAUAAGAGACGAACUGAAGAUCAGGAGGACUAGGAAGCCUAAGAAAUCCCCUCACACUAGCCAAGAAUAGUUUCUAAGAACUCUAUGAAACUUAAAAGUUUGCCUGGCCUCAAUAAUCUGCAAAGUUAGCAAGCUUAAAAUCAAAACUCCAAAGAAAAUAGUAAGGCGAUGCUACCAAAGUCAAUGACUAAGGAUUUAGAUCCUCUAAGAACCUCACAAACUUAACUUCAAAAGACUACUAGAGGAAACUCUUAGUAGAGAGAAGCAAGAGAUUUUAUUAUUAAGAAUACUUAAUAAACUAAUUCAGGUGCUAUCAAUACUACUACAUCUUCAAAUGGCUUUGGUCCUUAAUUCUCUCAUUAGUAAAAGAAAAUUCUAGGAAUGAAUAAGCCUCAUUAACUUGCAUAACAAAAUGAUAUAAUAAGGCAAUUACUAGAAAAGGAAAGAUCCCAGAAUUCAGUGUUUACCAGUACUAUGAGCUAAUAAAGGUCAGGGAGUAGCUUUGGCUUGAAUAAAGAUCCAAUGCAAACAUCCAAAGUGGUAAAAGAAGAUGAAAUGACAAUUCAGUCCUAAACAUCAGUACAAUUUCCUUUAAAGAAGCGUUAAACUCCUGGAUCAGUCAAGAAAAACAAAGUAACUUAGGAACCAAGAAGCUAGUACAGUGAACUUUUUAAGUUCAAUAUGUCUGACACUUUCUAAAAAACGACAAAGCAUGACAAUAGCAAUAGCAAGUCAGUAACGAAGUCAAAUAUAGUAAAGGAAAGUGGAUAAGGCUCUGGAAAGAAGGGUCAAUAUGAUGAAUUAAAUGACUCAAAUGAUCCAAGAGAAAAUAUUAUCAGUGAUAAGAGACUUGAAAAGUAAGAAAGAGAAGCGUAUGAGAAUUCAUUCUUAGUAAAACUCUUUAAAGGUUAUGAAUAGGAGAAUGGAAGCAAAACAGCAAGAAAUAAGUCUCCCUAGAAAGAGAAACUUUCAGGAAAAAACUUGUUUAAUACUGAUCUUAAGUUAGUAGAUACUUCAGCUCAGAGCAUUGAAUAAAAAGCUAAGCCAAAAAUGAGAGUGCCUCUACCAAGAAAUAUAGCCAAGAAAGAUUAAUGA